AUGGCGGAAGCAUUCAGUAUAGCUGGCAGCGCGUUCGGCACUGUCUCUUUGGGCUUGCAACUAUUCAAAGAAAUUUCCCAGUAUCUCGACGACAUCGAUGGUCGCGAAGAAGAUCUCAAGCAAGCACGAACUUACGCAAAUAAUGUACAAUUAACGAUCAACGCUCUUCAUGUCGCAGUAUUUAAUGCACCUACUAACGACCCCAAUGCCAAAAGCGCAAUGGACUCAUGCGCAGCCGCUUGCGUUGCUACGGUGAAUGAUUUGUUGGCAGUUAUAAAAGAGCUCAGAGGCCCGACUCCUGUGCCCAACAGCCACGCAGCGAGGGCCAAAGAUCUUCGCGCCAAAUUAAAAUACCCGUUCAAAAAGCAAAACGUGGAAAAGCUUGAAAAGCGUUUGUCUCGUACAAACAGUGCCCUUCAAAACGCACUGCAUGUUCUCCAGCUCAAGACUGGUAAUGUGACGAAUAAAGCCAUUUUUAGCAUGCAGCAGACUGUGACCGAUGCCAAUGUUAUAUCAGCGAGAAACCAAACAGCCCUAGAUAAGAUAGAAGAGACAUCCCGAAUUCAUGAUGACAGGCUCAGUUCCGUUCAACAAGAUAUCAGGGAACUCUUGAUCCUUACACGAAGCUCGAGCGAAUUGAACCGCUCAACAGGAACUAUGGCUCUGCAGAGUUUAAAUAUUCCUUCCGACCUGACCUACUCAACCAGUUCGCGGCAAGGCCAAGGAUCUGGUGCUUCCGCGCCCAGUAUACGCACGACAAGCAAUCAAGGAGGCGGUAGCAUGACAUAUGAUGGGUUUUGUUCCUGUAAAACGCAACGAACACGAUACAGCCGAAACCUUUGGGGCCCUUUUCUUGUCGAAGCUGAAAUCAGAUCAAGAGACCAUCAUGCGCCUGAAUGUCCAAUGUCAAAGCUUCCUGCAGCAACACGUCAGACCAAGCGAGUAUUAAACUUCUCCAUUCCCACACUUCAGAAUUACUGGAGAAGCGCGAGUAAAGUCACGCUGUCUUUCACGACAGGUGCAGGAAUACUAGGGAUACAUCAGACAGUGACGUGGAUUGCCACUGUGGAUAUGCAGGUAUCCCCAGUAUUCCGACUUGUGAGAAGUGUCACGUAUUAUAUUCACCUGCAACAUACUGAUAUGCGUAUGCUAUUGGACUCUUGCUUCAGACGACUUGUCUGGUUAUUCACCAAGCACUACGGAUCCGCGAUGGAUGUCAAUGAAAGGGGCCAUUCAGUACUCGAAUGGGCAUUACAUAGAUACCAGGAUCCAUUGGAAGCGGGUAAUCUAACCGCUGAUAAUAUUGCAAGCCUAUUUCAGAUGCUUUUUGUUCUUCCUAGGUCUGUGACCCAUACAAGUACGACCAAAAUCGAGCCUGUCUCGGCUCUAAUGGCCAGAAGUCGCUGGUUCCUGAACUGUACGAGGCCUGACCAAGUUACAACAGCUCUUUUGUCAAGAUACAUAGAAUCAGUAGGCCAUCAUCAUCACGAAAUCGGCUAUUGGGACUCGCGACAGCAACGUCAAGUCUUCCAAUUGUUUCCACAACUAGCUGGAAAUCUGGAGUUUGGUCCCUUAAGUCAGGCUAUUCUGAAGGAAGACCAAAUUGGAGUACGACAGCGAUUAGAGAGAUACCCGUCAUGUAUCAGUGAAGUCAGUUAUUGCGGCCAAACCCCCGUUCAUCUUGCCAUUCGGGUUGGAAAUACCGCUAUUCUAAGUAUUGUUCUUCACUAUGCAGACGCUGAGAUUCUCAACGCCAAAGACAACAAUGGUGACUUUCCGAUUGACUAUGCCAUUCGAGUACUUUCCCGUUCUCCUGAGGGGGUUGAGGCAAGCGCCAGGGUCUGCAAAAUGCUUGAGUUGCUCCUUCGAUCAGAAAGCGCGCUCUUUCCUUCCUUAAUUCGGUUCGCAUACGAUACUCCUCACAUAGAAGCUAAGAAGAUACUUAUUAUGGGUCUUUAUACGAGGAGAGAAAAGCUAAAAGAGCUCGCAUACCGUAUACUGUCCCCGGCUGAAAUAAAAGAUUUAAAAAUACAACAAGCAAGAAUCUUGGACCAGAAUGCUGCAUUAGUACAGCAUCGCCUUGAAGCUCAAGGUUGCUGUAUACCUAUGUACCUUAAGGUUUACGACGACGGAUCACCAUCAAAGAAUUUGGAAUCUAUUUACUCACUUAUCAGCAAUGGACAAAUCGCUGAAUAUGCGCACCAACAAGGCUUUUACUACUCUGAUAACGAAUUCGCGGACCUCAUCUUCAGGUUAGCUGCUUACUUGAGAGAUAAAGACUUCUGGUCAGAAGAUCUGUUUUCCUGUUCAUAUUUUAGCUGGCUAGUUGGUCAGGGUACCAACGUCGAGUUGAAGAUUCUUACUGUUCGGGGAAGGAAUUUUGAAAUACGAUUGACCCCAGCUCACUAUCUCAUGGCCGCCCUUGGCACGCAUCGCCAAGAUCUAGAGCUGAACUUGGACUGCCCACUAUCACCACCAGCCUUUGAAAUUGCGUUUUCUCAGGCUAAUGUUGACGAUUGUCAUUGCUGGUGUUCUCCUUGGGGUUGCAGCCCUCUUGUCAAACUCCUAGAAAGCAUAUACCAGUUCGAAGAUGCCUGGAUCCUACGAGAUAAUAAUGAUUUGUCUCAUCGACUAGCCCGAGCAACAGAAUUGUUUGUAACUGGUCUUUUUUCUGGGCAGAUGGGUAGAAUCGGGGAAUAUCAGUGGAUCUAUGGUGCCAUCAUACGAUAUUUUACCUUUUCCUUGUUGGGACUUCGUCAUGUUUGCUGUCGUAUAGUAGGUGAAUACUUGGAUCUCGGGUUAGAGGAGGAAUGCUGGGAGAUUCAAGAGGAGGACUCGUUUCUACUUGCAUAUUUCGAAAGGCUCAUUAUGGAGUUUGAAGACAAGAUUCACCAUGAUAUGACACUGGAUGUUUUCUUUAAGUGGAUGCGAAUUGGCUGGAGUCCAAGAAUACAGGAGGCUAAGCAAGAUCUUGCUGCUCAAAAGCUUACGGAUGAGGAACUGCGAGAUGCCGAAUCGAUUGGGGUGGUUUGGGAAGUCUAUGGGCCUCAACCAAUGGAAGAAAGGUGUGACGUGGCAAAAUGGGGAGUAGGUGAUUUAUGGGAUGCUAUGGAUGAGCUGGACCAGAUUGCUACAGAUCCAGAGAGGCCUAUCAGGGAAGUAUAG